AUGUGGCUCUACCGCGGUGCCCAGUCGGCCGUCUUUUUCUACGCCACUUGUACACCAUGUGCUAUGAGCAUUGACCGUCGAAAACGCAAGAAGGAUGCCGCUAGAUCCCAACGCGAGAAGGAAAGAUGCGACGCCGAAAUCGAGAUCAUUGCCGACCAACCCCGACCGUUUCCCCAACCCGUUCCAUUCAGCACUAAUGAAGGAUGGAGGGAGGAAAUUGCCUUAGGACCAGGACCUCCAACACGCCGUGGAGGUAACCGGAACAACCAGCGGACAAAUAGCUGGAAUACUGAUCAAAGCUUGCAAUCCAAGAAGGACAAAAGUGGGAGUCUUAUGCACCCGCUCGGCGAACGAUUGAAUCGAAUGCGGAAUCAACGGGAAGAUGAACCACUCUGGGGUCAAGAGAUACAGGAAGUACGCGGAUCAUCGAUUGGCUUUUCAGGUCGUGGUCGAGUCGACCCUAGUGAGCCUUCCAAGUAUUAUGCAGCUUAUUGUCCCCCUGUGAACGAUCUUCACCCGCCAAUCGUUAGCGGUCCACGGAGUCGAGCCGAAACUCGAUGGAUGCUUCAACCUCCGCCCAGUGCCAAAGUUAUGGCUGGCAAGGAAAGCUUUAAGAAUUCUGCCCGUGAUAGUAUGGGUGGAAUGCCAGGUGACCGAUUGUCCCGUGCUAUGUCUCCACUGAGCCCUCACCGUGAGACGGUACUGGCAGAGCGAAUCAGUAAUGAUGGCGCUCCUGAUACAGAGUCACUUCAUCAACAAUUACCAUGCCGACCAGCUGCAAUUCGCACACGCGAACACUCGAACAGCAUAAGUCGUGAUGACUUGGAUUUAUCAAGGCAUUCUCGAUCUGAUUCCAUGUUCUCCAUGACCAAUACAGACGACCUGUCUCUCAGUACUUCCUGGAAGUAUCCUGAUACCCCUGCAACACGUCCGACCUCUAAAACAGAUGAAAGUGACAAAGUGUUGCAUCGACCACAAAUAUCCAAGACUCUUUCUACCUUACAUCGACCUGACAACAAACAGAAGGUCCAUCUUCUUCAUGUUGAGAUCAAUGAUGAGGACCGUGGUGAGGUUGACUUUGGUCAAUUAGAACGAAUUCGGCCUUGGCGCUGGAGCAUGGAUAUCUAA